AUGACCCCCUCACCCCGUGUAUCAGGGGUGGAGCUCGACUGGGCGGCGAAGGCGCGGCUCUGGGCGGAGCAGCGGGCGGUGCAGGAAGCGGCGGACGCAGCAGCAGCGGCAGCUGCGGCGGCAGCUGCUGCGGCAACGAAUAAAGAAGCAGCAGCUAACGAGGACAAGGAACCGCCGAAGCAGGAUACUGCUGUAGCAGCGGAUGCGGCGGCGGCGACGGCGGCGCCGGGUACGCAACAGCAGGAUGUGGGUGGGGGAGUGGGGGGAGGCGGAUACGGGGGGUAUGUCGCUGCUGACGGGACGUAUGUGGGUGGUGGGUAUGGCGGUGCUGCUGCUAUGGUCGGAAGCUCAGGGGCAGAACAGCAGCAGCAGCAACAGCAGCAGCAGCAGCAGCAGCAGCAGCAGCAGCAGCAGCAGCAGCAGCAGCAGCAGCAGCAGCAGCAGCAUCAGCAAGAGCAGCAGCAGUACUAUCAGCAGCAUUACCAGCAGUAUUACUACCCACCUGAAAUGCACCAGCAACAUCAGCAGCAGCAGCAACAGCAGCAGCAAAUGUACAUGUACCCACCUCCGCCUCCUUCCCACGGCCCUCCUCUCCCUCCCCACGCCCAUCCCCCCGAUCCCGCGUCGUUCUACCCUCCACAUUACCCCGCUCCGCCGAUGCAAUACCCCCCUCCGCCCCCGCAAUUCCCCCCUACUGGCCCCGCGGGUACAUACAACGGAGUGUACUCGGGAUAUGGGGAUUCCAAUGCGCCUGACGCAGCAGCAGCGGCAUCAGCAUCAGCAGGAGCGGCAGCAGCAAGCGGGUUUCCCCCCCAGCACGCGCACGAGCAGCACUACCAGCGCCUGCCCCUGCCGCCGCCCCCUCCGCCGCUCCUCUCCGCCCCGCCCCCCGCGCACGCCUCCUCUCUCCCCCCUCCGCCCGCCCCGCCGCCAGCAGCAGGAGCGGCAGCAGCGUACGCGCCGCCAGCCAAUCAGGCAGCAGACAUGUCCGUGCUCUCACCAGCGGUGCUGGCGGCGGCACAGGCGGCAGCAGCCUCUGCAGGGAUGUAUUUCGACCCAGCCGUUUAUGACAUGGGCGGAGGUGGCUCUGCCACUCCUGGCGCUAAGCCCAAAAAGUCCCUCCCCUCGUGGCUGGUGGAUGAGGUCAUCAAGAAGAAGGCAGCCUUAGCAGCAGCAGGAGCAGCAGACUCACCCGCUAAAGCGCCCUCAAAGGACAGAUGGUACAACGAUAGAGGCCCUCUCGCUGGAACUGGUGCUGGCGCUGGUGGCGCUGCUCGUGGUGCUUCUCGUGCUGGUGGUGGGAGGGGAAGGAGUGUGGAGAGUGACGAUGAGGAGGAGGACGAGGAGGAGGAGACGGAGGUGCAGCGGCGGAUGGCGAUGAAUAAUGAGAUCAAACGCGUUCUCACUGAAGUGCUGCUCAAGGUGGGUGGGAUGUUGAGGGGAGUUCAGACGCUUGUGAGACCCCUCUCUCCCUGCCAACACGUGACUGACGACAUGGUGACUGACGACAUGGUGAGGGGGAUAGCCAAGGAUGCUCUCAGGGAUCCCCGCGAGGAGGAGGAGGCGGAAGAGGAGGAGAAGGGGAGGAAUGUUAGUGGAGGGAAAUGGGUGACAGUGGGUGAAGGGGAGGAGGAGGAGGAGAAAGGGACCGAGGGGGAGAAGGAUGGAAACAGGCGUAUGGAGGUGGAGGGGAAGGAAGAUGGGAAAGCAGGUGAAGAAUCAGGUGAAAAACCAAGUGGGGCAGGCGCGGUUGAGGAAAACAGGGUGGUUGUGGAAGGAGGGGCAGUUGAUUCUGGGAGGAAGGGGAUGGUUGAUACGAGUAAGGCAACGAGUGCUGAGAGGAAGAGGAAGAGUAAGAGGAAGAAGAAACGGGCGGGAGGAGGGGGAGGGUUGUUGGGUGGAGGGCUGUUGGGCAUUGCAUAUGGGAGUGAUGAGGAUGAUGAUGAUGAUGAGGAGGAGGAGGAGGAUGAGGAGGGGGAGGGGGAGGAGGAGGAGGACGAAGAGGAAGAGGAGAAGGAGGAGGAGGAGAAGGAAGAGGAAGAGGAGGAGGAAAAGGAGAAGAAGGAGGAGGAGAAUGAAGUGGUAAGGGAUGCAAAGGACAGAGGGGUUGAUGGUGGUGAAGGGGUUGGGAGUGCGGUGCAGAGAGACGGAAUGGGGAGAGAGGAGCAAGUGAAGGAUGGUGCGUUGGAGGAGGGCAAGGAUGGGGAAGAAGGGGAUGAAGGGGCGAAGAUGGAGGAAAGGCAGGAGGGAAGGGGCGAUAGGAGCAUGGGGCAGCAGGAGGGAGGGGAAGAGGUGCGCAGAGAGGGGGAUGAUAAGGGGGAGAGGGGGAGGAAGAGGAGCGGGGGCGGGGAUGAUGGGGUAGGGAAGGGGAAGAAGGUGGAGGAAGGGCGUGGGCGGGCGAGGGGAGAGGAGGAGGGAGGGGAGGAGGAAAGCAGGAAGGGAAAGACGAGCAGGAGGAGUGAGGGGAAAGAUGAUAAGGAGAAGGAUGGGGAAAGUGAGGAGAGCGAGGGGAGGAAGAAAAAGAGGAGAGGGGAGCAUGAGAGGACGGAGGGAAGUGAGAAGAGGCAUAGAGAAGAGAGAGAUCGGAAAGCGAAGAGGGAGGAUGAGGAAGAUAGGGAAGAGUCCGGGAGCAAGGACAAGAGCCGGGAUGCAAGUGAGCGUGAGGGUAGGAAGAGGGCGCAAAAUAAGGAGAAGGAUAGAGAAAAUGAUAAAGAGAAGGAUGAUGGAAAAGAGAAGGAGAAGAGGAGUGCUAGGGGCGAGGAGAGGAGCAAAGAGAGGGAUGAGAGGAGGGGCAAGGAGAGGGAGAAGGAGAGGGAGAAGGAGAGGAGUGGUGAGAAGGAUGGGGAGAGGGAGAAGGAGAGAGACAGGAGGGGGAAGGAGAGGAAGAGGGAUGGAGAUGAGGAGGGUAGUAGGGACGAAAGCAGGGAGAAGGGCAGCAGGAAGGAGAGCAAAGGAUCUCAAGGCGAGAUAGAGAAGGAGGAGCGGAGGAGCAAGGAGAAGCGUGAGAGGAAAGACAAGUCUGAGGGCAAGAGGAAAGAGGAGAGCAAAGAGAAGAAAGGAGAAGCUGAUGCUGAUGCUCAUGCUGAUAGUGACGAGGACAGGAGUGAAGCGCGGGAAAAGGGAGGCAGGCACGGGCGAUCAGAGAAAAGGAAGGAGGGAAGCAGGAAGGGCAGGCAUUGCAGCAAGUCUCGCUCCCCGUCCCCUCAACCCGAGCAGUCUGGCAGUGCUGGAGACAAAGAGGAGGAGGAGGAUCGUAGCAGUCUCUGCAGUCCCCCCCGCUCCCUUCUCCUCUCACCCUCUUGUCCCAGCCCCUCGUGGGCGGACCAGGCUGUCCUUCCUGUAUGCCCUCUUUCCAUUCCCCACCCACCCUCCCACCUCAUCACUCACUUCUGCUUCUUCCUUUCGACUUACCUGUCUGAGUAA